UUGGCCGGUAGGUCGAUUCUUGCCUGGGCAGCACAUGGAGCAGCCCCGUGGGCGUGAAGAGCUACAAAUGCAUCACAAUCGUCGAGUAACAAGGUGAGACUCCGAUCGUAGAAGAUGACAUGGACGGUGUGCCAUUCACCAUCGUUCACCCGAUUCUUCCGUUCAUUCUCCAUACGUAAUGCCUUCGUUGGACCGCCAAGUGAAAAUUCUGCUCUAAGAAUACGGUCCUGGAUGGAAAUCUCGAUAAAAUCCGAGUUACGAUCUCCGGAGAACAGUAUGACACCCUCGUGA